AAUUUAGUUUACAACAAUUAGUUUCUACAAUUAUAUUUACCUGUAAACAGAAAGGUAACAAUUAAAGUUCACAGGACAAAGGUAAUCAAUUAAUUGGAAUGAUUCAAUUCCCUAUUUAAAUCUAGUUAAUUGUUUUCAGUUUUGUUUGGUGUUUAAUCAACUAAUCAACGGGGGAAAAAAAAGGAGAUUAACAAUUAACUAAACUAUGUUGUCAACAAUUUCAUCUAUUAUAUUGAUUAAAGUGAUUCUCAUUAUAUCAAAUCAUCUUGUAAUUGGUAAAUUAGGUAAACCUUGGGAUCCAACAAUUUGUUCAACUAAUCAACUGUUUCAAUCAACAAUUUCACCAAAUCACAAUUCACCUUAUACUUUUUAUCCCUUGACCAUUGACCAGUUAAAUUACAUUGAAAAGAUCAACAUAACAUCAAAAUGUCGCCAAACAAUGAGACACUUUUACCAUAAUUAUAAAUCACAAUCUAAUUGGGCUUAUCGAUUAUUGGAUUCUUGUGGUCAACCCUCAUCGGGAAUAUUAUCUGGUAACACUUUCUAUUGGGGUUCAUAUGAUCAAUGUCUCGAAGUGAAAGUUAAUUCACCUGAAUUAGGAUUUAAUUUUUCGGGAACAUUUUGGCGGAAUAUAAUUUCUUGUACUGGAAUAAAGUAUAAUGGAGUUCGGAUAACCCAAAGUCUAUGGGACCAGAGGGCAGUGGAAAUUUGCUCACCAUCGACAUGUAAUUCCCAAGAUAUUAGCACAAUUCUGACUAAUAAUUCAACUCUUAAGGUUGUCGAUGCAAUUAAAAUUGAAACCUAUUAUGAUUUACCUUUUGAUUGGUCGGAAAAAUUAAUCAUUACAUGUUUCAUUAUAUUAGGUUUACUAUUGAUCAUCUCGACGUUACUUGAUUUGUAUCAUUUGCCUUUUGAGAAAAUCAUUGAAACUAAUUGUAAAUUAACCACUAAUUGGGAUCAUUUAAUUGCUUGGUUAGUUUAUUGUUUCUCAAUUCGUCGCAAUUUCACAAUUGUACUUCAAAAUAAAUCGUCAAAAGAUGAGAUUAGUUGUCUUAAUGGUUGGCGAACUCUUUCAAUCGUAAUCGUUAUCUUAGGCCAUGUUUGUAUGGUCGCCGCUGUUUUUAAUUCAGUUAAUAGCGAAAAUUUUGAAUCAUUUAUUGGUUCCCGAUGGUUUCAAAUAAUUGGAAAUGGAUCCAUUUGGACCGAUACUUUUUUCGUACUCAGUGGAUUUUUAAUUGCUCAUUCGAGUGUCCGUCGGAUUAAUGCAAAUGCUUGUGAAUUUGGCUCAAACAAUCAAACUAAAUCAGUUGAUUAUUGGAAAACAGUUACCACUUUCUUCAGGGAAGUUGUUCAUUCAAGUUUCCUACGAUACUUCAGAUUAACACCAACCCUAAUUUGGAUGAUUAUGGUUUAUAUUAUGUCCCGGCGAUUAGGAGAUGGACCUCAUUGGGAUUUUCUGGUUCAAAGUCUUUACACCAGCGUUUACAGAGAUAUGUGGAAGUCAUUAACAUACACAAUUAACAUUAUCGGUGUUUCUGUUAAUCCAAUAACUGGUUUGGUUGCUACUUGGUAUUUAUCAGCUGAUUUUCAAUUUUUUGUCGCCUCGUCCCUCACAUUGGCUUUAAUCAACGGAGGUAAACCGUUUCAUGGUUAUUGUUUAAAUGGCCUGAUUAUGGUUGCAUCGAUAACAAUUACCGCUUGGUUGACUUAUGUUCACAAUUACCCGCCGGUGUUAUUAUUUGAUCGUCUAUGUGAAGAUGAUUAUUUUCAAAACAUUUACAUUAAACCCUGGACUCGGAUUAGCGCCUAUUGUAUUGGUAUAUUUUUACACGAAAUUUGGACAAAAUAUCGUCAUAUUAACCUUUCGAAGGGUGUUGGAAAUUUGUUACUAUUGUUAACUUUUUCGGGUAUGUCAUGGGUUAUCAUGUCAUCGAGGAAAUUUUAUCGAGAUGAGGAAUCAACUAAAUUGGAACGGGUCAUCUAUGGGUCACUCCAUCGCCCCUUUUGGUCAAUCUGUGUUUCUUACCUCAUCUUUCAUGCGGCUUCGGACAAUUCAAAUGUAUUGACCAUUUCGCUUUCAUGGUCGGGAUUCAGAAUUUUCGCAAAACUGGCCUACCAAGCCUUUUAUUGGCAUAUUUUCAUCAUCUAUUAUAUCCUUGGCUACUAUCGGUCACCACUAAACGCCGAUGCUGUAUCAUAUACCGUUUUCAUAAUGACCACUUUGCUAUUAUCGUUUUUACUGAGUCUCUUUUCAGCGAUAACCUUUGAAUUCCCGUUCCUUCAUUUAUUGGCCAUUUAUCGUCAUAAAGGAAUACCCGAAUUAACUGACCACAAUAAUAUUAAAUCACAAUUAAGGUUAUCACAAUCAUCAUCUAAAGAUAAAAACAAUUAACAAGCAACAAUCAAAUUUUUCACCUUAAAAAUAAGUUUUUUUUUGUUUCUUGUCAACAAAUCAAUUCAAUCACUUAUUUGAGAAAUCAAAUAUUGCCCAAACAUUAAUUAGUCUUAAAUUAUACUAAUCAUAAUUAAAAAUAUACAAUUAAAUGUGAAAAAAAAGUCACAAAUCAGUGAGA